UUAGGGGCCCUCGCGAGGCAGGGAAGCGGAAGGGCCGUUCUUCGAGGCCGGCGAGCCGAGAUGGAGGCAGCCUCGCCGGCGGACGGGGUGACGGUGGUGUUCGAACGCGAUUCCCGCGGAGCCCCGGCGCCCCCCGAGUGCCCGCAUGGUCCUACUCUUUUGUUUGCAAGAAUUCUUUCAGGGAAAAGAGAAGGAAGAAGAUUUUACGCUUGUUCGGCGUGUCGGGAAAGGAAAGACUGUCAUUUUUUUCAGUGGGAAGAUGAAAAGAUAUCAGAAGCUCGUCUGUCAGCACAGGAAAAAUACAACCGGAGUCAUCGGCCCUCUAAAACUCAUUCCGACAAUGUAAAAAGGUACAAGGAGUUCAUCGCUCUACCGCCACCGAAAAGGAAGUUUUGUCAAGAAUGUCAACAGCUCCUGUUGAUACCUGAAUGGGAAAGGCACUCUGGCCACCCAGUACUCUCUGAUAUCUCAGCGGCCCAGCUGAGAAGACCUAGCCAACUCCUCAGUGCUCUGGAGAACAAGAAGACGAACGCGCAGUAUCUCUUCACCGAUAGAAGUUGCCUCUUCCUGUUGGAUCUUCUCAUAGGACAAGGUUUCCGAAGGGUGCUUUGUGUUGGCACUCCAAGUUCUAGGUUGACGUUCUCCUUGAUCAAUUUCAGGCUUCACGAACUGAUCCAGUUGGAAGCUUCCUCCAAACGGAAGAUCUCCAUGAAGAGUCUUUUGCUAGAUAUUGAUUUCCGGUAUUCGCAGUUCUAUCCCGAGGAGGAAUUUUGUCACUAUAACAUGUUCAACCAUUAUUUCUUUGCCGGAGAGGCUGCCUCCCGGGUGUGUGAGGAAUUCCUGCAGGAAGACGGAGGGGGGCAGGUGGUCGUGGUGGCCGAUCCCCCGUUUGGAGGCUUGGUGGAGGCCCUGGCGACUUCUUUCCAAAAACUGAGGGCAACCUGGAGCUCAGCAGGAGGGGCAGGUUCUUCUACAAGCAAAGAGCUACCUAUCCUUUGGAUAUUUCCGUAUUUUUUUGAGCCACGCAUUCUUGAAUUUUUUCCAAGUUUCACAAUGUUGGAUUAUCAGAAAAGUUGGUGUCAGGGAAGGGAAAGAUGCGGCUGCUUCAAAACAUUUCUGGUUGAUUAUGACAAUCACGCGCUAUAUAAGCACGGGAAAAAAGGCCGCAAACAGUCCCCGGUUCGUAUUUUUACUAACCUCUCACCAGGUUCAAUAGUUCUUCCCGCAGAAGAAGGAUACAGGUUUUGCCCUGUCUGUCAGCGAUACGUCAGCGCCGAGAACCGGCACUGUGACAUCUGCAAUUCCUGUACUUCAAAAGACGGCAGAUGUUGGACUCAUUGUAACCUUUGCAAAAAAUGUGUAAAACCAUCCUGGGUUCACUGUAGCACCUGCGGUCGCUGUGCUCUUCCCACUCACCCUUGCGAACAAACUCAUGCCGGCUGCUUUAUUUGUGGCGAAGCUGAUCACAAACGCACCACGUGUCCAAAUCGGCGAAGGAUCGGCAGAACUGACCAAGAUAGCAAAAAGGUCACGAAAAAGAAGAAAUUGAAGAGGGUGUUUCUGGAGACAACAUGUUGGAAAAAGGCCAAAAUGGCAAGAAAAAGAAAAAAGAAAACCUAGAAUAAAACGUUCCGUUAUUAAACUGAUUAUUAAAAAAAAAUCAUUGGAUUAACGGAAAAGGUUUAUAUUUAAAAAAAGAGUCAAAUAUGUCUUUGGGCACGUACAGGUAAUCCUCAACUUAUAACAGUUCACUUAGUGACUGUUCAUAGUUACAUCACUGAAAAAUGUGACUUACGACCGUUUUUCACACUUACGACCGUUGCAGCAUUCCCCAUGGUCACGUGAUCUAAAUUGAAACCCUUGGCAACAGACUCAUAUUUACGACGGUUGCAGUGUCCCCGGGAUCACGUGAUCCCCUUUCGCGACCUUCUGACCAGCAAAGUCAACCAGGUUCAUUUAACAACCGUUACUCACUUAACAAUUGCAAUGAUUCACUUAACAACUGUGGCAGGCUGGGUCGUAAAAUGGGGCAAAAGCCACUUCAGAAAUAUCUCACUUAGCACCAUAAAUAUUGGGCUCCGUUGUGGUCAUAACUUGAGGACCACCUGUAUUUGAAAAAAAUCAGCCCAAUUUUUCCAAGUUGCAGGUGGCGAAGAGUGCUGUGUGUCAUGGCCGGUUCCUCCAGCAGAUGGCGCCAGUAGAUUGGGGUUUUUUUUAGCGUCUAUUUGCUGCCACCUAGUGGUAACCCAUCCUAGCUGCUGCUUCCCCUAAAAACAAGCUGUGUUCUGCAGAGUUAAAAAUGUGCAAUUUGCAAACUGACUUGAACUCGCUUUGCGUGACCUGCUUAUCUUGGUCUGGUGCUAAGAGUCUGUCAUUUGCACCUCUAUAACUGUCUGGUUCGGUUCUGCAACCCAACAAGAAAAACACAGACUUCAGAGGAUCAUUAGAACUGCAGAAAAAAUAAUGGCUACCAACCUGCCUUCCAUGGAGGACCUGUAUACUGCACGAAUCAAGAAGAGGGCCGUGAAAAUAUUUGCAGAUCCCUCGCAUCCUGGACAUAAACUGUUUCAACUCCUACCCUCAAAACGACGCUAUAGAGCACUGCACACCAGAACAACUAGACACAAGAACAGUUUUUUCCCCGAAGGCCAUCGCUCUGCUAAACAAAUAAUUCCCUCAACACUGUCAAAUUAACUACUAAGACUGCACUACUAUUAAUCUUCUCAUAGUUCCCAUCACCAGUCUCUUUCCACUUAUGACUGUAUGACUAUAACUUUUUGCUGGCAAUCUUUAUGAUUUAUAUUGAUAUAUUGACUAUUAAUUGUGUUGUAAAUGUACCGUGAUGAACGUAUCUUUUCUUUUAUGCACACUGAGAGCAUAUGCACCAAGACAAAUUCCUUGUGUGUCCAAUCACACUUGGCCAAUAAAA